AGGGAAACACCCCGCGCGCGGAUUGGUCCCCGCGGCGACCUGUUGCCGGCCGCGGUGGGUGCUGGGAAAAAGAAAACAUGGCGGCCGGGCCCAGCAAGGCGGAGAUUCAGACCCUUUUCAAGCGGCUUCGGUCUGCGCCGCCCAACAAGUCCUGCUUUGACUGCGGUGCGAAGAACCCGAGCUGGGCCAGCAUCACCUAUGGAGUGUUUCUCUGCAUUGACUGCUCUGGGGUUCACCGGUCGCUGGGUGUGCACCUCAGCUUUAUCCGGUCCACAGAGCUUGAUUUCAACUGGAGCUGGUUUCAGCUGAGGUGUAUGCAAGUGGGUAGCAAUGCCAAUGCGACUGCCUUUUUCCGCCAGUAUGGUUGCACCACCACAGAUGCCAGUGCCAAGUAUAAUAGCCGCGCAGCCCAGAUGUACCGGGAGAAGAUCCGGCAGCUGGCAACUGCUGCGAUGGCCAAGUAUGGGAAUGAUCUCCUGAUUGAUGGGCUGAGUGGAACUCCAGGCCACUCCCCAGAAAAGAGUGAUGCCGAUUUCUUCUUGGAACAUACACAGGAUUGUAAUACCUGGGAUGUGGUUGAAACAGGCCAGAGCACAGUAGAGCCUUCGCUAGAAUUGGAGAGAACAGCAAAGUCUACUGAGAAUAAUGAAGUUCAACAGCCUGACCAGGGUCCAUCUAUCGACCUGCUGAGCACUUCUCCUAAAGGGUCUCUUGACGCAUCCAUGUGUCUGUCUCGGCAAGGGGCUGCUCCUGCCAGAGAAAUAAAACCUUCACUCAUUGGAAAGAAGAAGCCAGGUGCUACUAAGAAAGGGCUGGGGGCCAAAAAGGGUCUUGGAGCUCAAAAAGUGAGCAGCCAGAGUUUCACUGAAAUUGAACGACAGGCCCAGGUGGCUGAAAAGAUGAGGGAACAACAGGCUGCAGAGUGCAAGAAGCAAGCUGAGGAGUCCCUAGUUGCCUCAAUGAGACUGGCAUACCAGGAGUUGCAGAUUGAUCGGAAGAAGGAGGAGAAGAAACUCCAGAACCUGGAAGGAAAAAAGCGUGAACAAGCUGAGAGACUGGGCAUGGGAUUGGUGUCCAGGAGUUCCAUCUCGCACUCUGUCCUUUCCGAGAUGCAAAUGAUAGAACAAGAAACACCAGUGACUGCAAAGUCCUCUCGGUCCCAGCUGGAUCUGUUUGAAGACACUGGAAGUUUCACAUCCGGACCACCCAAGUACAAAGAUAAUCCCUUCUCAUUAGGAGAUGCUUUUGGCUCGCAGUGGGAAACAGACAACACCUGGGGGAUUGACAAAGGGGAAGAGGAGACAGACAUCACUAUCUCCAGUAUCCGGCCCAUUGGUGAAAGACCCACCAACAGAAGAGAGACAGAGAGCAAGGUCUCAGUAGUAGAGUCUAGUGAAGCUCGACAGAAGUUUGCUGGGGCCAAAGCCAUCUCGUCUGACAUGUUCUUUGGGCGGGAAGCUGAUGCUGAGUAUGAGGCCAGAUCCCGACUCCAACAACUCUCUGGCAGCAAUGCCAUCAGCUCUGCUGAUCUGUUUGGAGAGUCUGAGACAGGGAACUCGGGUGGUGUUUCAAUUGGAAAUGUACUGCCUGCUGCUGAUAUUGCCCAGUUCAAGCAAGGGGUGAAGUCUGUUGCUGGCAAGAUGGCUGUUCUAGCCAAUGGUGUGAUGAACUCCCUUCAGGAUCGCUAUGGCUCAUAUUGAGGAUUCAGGAGAGACUUUGCAGCUUGUGGCCAUCAGCGAAACACCAAUUGCACCUUGAGUCCACCUGGAAGAAUUGAACAGGAUUGCUUUUUAGCCGAGCAUGGCUAGGGGCUUCUUGAGAAGGAGAAAUGGACAUGCCUGGCACUUGCUCAAAAACUCUCUGGACAUUAUUUUCUAUUUGAAAUGACCCCAACCUUCAGCUAAUGGAAUAUUGGCCCUUCCAGAGAAUCCCCCCGCUGCUGCUGCGCACUGCACAAGGGUUGCCAAUUGACCUCUGUGCUGCUGCUGUUUCCACUUCCCCCAGCCCCUGGCUGUUAUUAGCAGGAUAUGUUUGGGGGGAGAAGGAAGCUGUGUCUGAAACUCUUCCAAGGGAAAUGGCAGUAAACAGGGGAAUAGUGGGGAAUCCCCAGGGCCUAGACUGUCUUCUAGAACAGGGGUAAGUUUUGAUUUUGGCACAAGGUCAUUCUUGCUGGCCAUGCCUUGAACCAAUGUGAUAUAAUUAGAUCCCUUUUUGAGAGCAGCGACUUAAAAGCCUCCAUCUGUAGCAAGCAGCAAAGGAUCAAGGCAUGCUUGGGUGGGCUUGUGCAAGAUAUUUGCAGUGCUACACAAAUAUGCUGGACAGCUGUGGAAACGUACAUUUCUUACCCUGUCACACACACCCUGAACUGUGGGUUGAUGCUGUUGAGCAUCUUCAGUUGAGGAAUGAAGAGGUUAUUGGGCCUGCUGUUUCAUAUAACCUGUUGCCUCGUCUCCUUGGUGCCCUCUUGGUUUCCUUUCAGACCCUUAUGGAAACUGCUAACAAAACGGGGCAGUGGCCGCUCAGUCCACCGGCUCUGGUGCUAUUUGUGCAACCACUGCUGUUGCUGGCCUCCCUUCCCCGGCGAGAUCUACCUGAAUAGCAUGGCCCCAUCUGUGCUGCACGUGGGGAAAGGAAGUAGUUUCAAGGAAAGCGGCUUCCCCUUGUCGAAGCUUCACUGCUGCCCCUUUGCUCCUUCUAGCCCAGCAUUCUGGGUUUCUUUCUUUCUUAAAUGACUCCAGUUACAGUUCUGCUGGUGUAGAUGAAGAACAGGAGCAAAUGAAAGUGCUCUCUUCCAUCCCACAAUGCUGCUUUGAUGUUCAGGACAGAAGGUAUCCUGCCACAAAGCCCCCUCUUGCAUCUGCAUGCCUUUCCCCCCUGCCUUGGUUUAUGUUCUUCUGUUGGAAGAAGGAUCUCCUCAUCAGACUGGGAAACUCAAUCCACGUGAAGCGGUGCUUGCUGUUGUAACCAUUUUACAUUUACCUUGCAUGAUAGUUGCUGUUGCAGCUGUGGGUUCAUCUGAAGACUUGCGUCGUGCCCAUUGUACAUUCUGUGAAGGUAGCAAGUCUGUCUAAUCGCUCUUCACUGGGAAAUCAACCACUAAGAGUACACUGGAAUGAUGACUUUGGUUUCAAUAAGAUGCUCUUGCUAGAGAGAGAGAUGAGGUUUACCAGGGUAGCUUGAGGACCCACUUUAUGAUGGAGCAACAUCUUGCCUAUUUCCAUAUCUGCAUAUUCAUUAGUGCAAUUGACCUGCUUUCUCCUUGCACACUUCCCCAAGAAGGUAAAUGGCUGCAUGGGCUUACUGGAAAUCUCUUCCCCACCCCGUUGGGUCUGCUCCACUUCUCAUUUUUUGCUCCCUGGGUUCUGAAAAUGCACUGAUGUUUUAACUUCGAUUAUUGCAAAUUUGUCUUAAAGUGCUCCUUUCCAAGGCCAGGAGUUUGCAGAGCUUUGGUUUGGCCUGGUGUGCUCUCGACUGGAAGAGGGUUCUCUUCUUGGGCUGUCUGUGUACUUUGAGUUAAAACGGUAGUAUUAAUGAGCUUUGUUGUGGCCAAGGUUGGGCCUCUGCUGUGUGUGGGGGUCCAAAGGGGAGUGAUAUGGAUUCUCUCCCUCCCACCCCAAGUGAAUAAAAUCAAAUACGUGUGUGUUCCA